UGGAGGGGAGGUCUCAGGGUCGGGAGCCGGGCGGUGGCAAGAGCUCUGGACCUUUCCUUCGCCCCGGGCGUAGCAAGGCCGGGCCCUGAGAACGUGCCUGCAGUGCUGGCUGAGGGCUGAUGGCCCUGGAACCGUUGGAGAAGGCUGGCAGAGGCGUGGAGUCCGUGCAGGAGGCUGCCGAAGGCCUUCCAGGCUCCCGGGGUGGGGUCGGCAGGGGCAGAGAGAACAGUUCGGGAGGCUGGUGUGGAGAAGAGCUGCGGCGGGAGCUGGGGGGAUCCACUCCACCCAGAGGCGUCAGUGGCUGGAAGAUCUCAGAGGUGUGGACAAGCAGCCUACUAGGGCUAGAGAUGGACAGCAGGAAACUGUCCCCCCAGGGGAAGAAGCUGGAGUCGCACCUCUCCCAAGAGCACAGGCGCUCCCCACUGGGCCUGACAGCAGCCUGGGGCCAGCCCAGUAUCCAGAGCAGCGCUCAGCAGGGACUGCAGACUCAGGACUGGGUGUGCGAGCCGCCGGAGCGCAGGCGCCCGGGCCGCCACUGGAGCGUCAGCAUCGACGAGCGCCGACGGCUGGCCAUGCUGGGCGGCCGGGAGAGGCCGGGCGCCGCCGGGGCCCCGCUACACUGCAGGGACAUCGUGCAGAUGGUGGCCCAGCUGGUGUCGGAGGACGUGGACAAGGACGUGCUCUUUCCCCACCCGCUGAGGUCCACCGAGUCCACCAACGCCUUCCAGGCCUUCCUGGCGCGGAGUGCGCCUUUCUGGCAUAAUGCAACUUUCGAGGCCCGGGCCUCGAGGUCACCCCCUUCCUAAGAGCCCGACUCAGCCCAUUGUCUGUCUGCCAGUGCCUUUCCUUGGGGGCCCAGGGUGGGGGCAGCCUCUGCGCCUUCUUUGUGCCCCACCAGGGGGUCACCACUCACCCAUGAUAGGAACACAGGCCAGGCAGGACCUGGCUCCGGACAGCCUGCAGCUCAUGAGGCCUUGGAGACUGGGCUAGGGACUAUGGGAGGCCCUCUAGGGAGGGGAACACUGCCCUGGGUCAGUCUGAUGAGGGCCCUGGCAAUGCCUGGGUAGCAGGAGCUUGCCCUCGGGGCCGGUGGGAGGAGGCCUCGGGGUACCUGGGCCUGCCUGAGGUGCAUUGGUGUCCUGGAGGCCCCAGUGGCAGGCACUGCCUGGAGACUCAGCUCCUUUGCUGGCCUGGUCUGGGGAACUGGAUAGCUGCCUACACCAGGCUGUGAGAUGGGCCAGGCAGAGUUCUCCAGGGUGCGGGGUCUCACAUUGGGUCCUGCCGCUGAAGACCCAGAAGGGCACAGGGGACCCCAGGGGUGCUGUGGUGGGGUGCUGUGGUGGGGAGCAGCAAGCCCAGGGACCCAGUGCGGUGCCCAGCACAGAGGGAGGCUGUCUGGAGGCAUAGCUGCCUCCUGGCCUCUGGACAGCGAUGCUGGUGGUGGACAAGGGCCUGCGCGGGGGGUCUGAGCAACUGUGAGGAGCUGGCUGCAGCAGGGGCCUGUGGGCCAUGGUCCACUGGGUGACUACCUUGUUUCCAGGCUGCAGGGCCCUCGGAAGGGUGAUGAGCCGGGGUAACGUGUCCCAGCUGCAUUUUGGGGACACUAAGUUGCAGGGGGACUGGAUUGGGAGGCGGGGCAGGAGGGCUAUGAGCAUGAGUUCCCAGCCUGGGGUGGGUGGGGGUGGGGAAAGGGUCCUGGACUCCGUGACUGACUGUUAGGGGCCUGACUGGGCUUCUGUGGAGGUGGCUAGGGGGAGAAGGCUUUGGGACAAGCGAAGGUGAUCACUCCUGGGCCCCAGGUGAGGGCAGGAGCUGGAACUUUGCAGUGGCCUGGACCACCAGACACACUACAUGCUGGCUGUGCGGCCCACCUGGCCUCUACCCCUCCCCUUCCCGCUGCUGAGAAGCCACCUGACUGCAUUGCCACCCCCCUGCUGCCCUGACACUGGAUCCCUGGCCCGAGUUGAAUCCUCUGCACCUGCCUGUCUCCCCGUCUUACUGUAAGACUCAGUGAAGUUCCCUCCUCCUUCAGGAAGCCUUCCAAGAUUACACAGCCAGGUGCCCCCCUUCUCUCCCAAGUCCUCUGAAUGUCAUUUGGUGCACCCUAGGGAUCCUCUGCAUUUCUCAGGAGCCCUAGGGUAGGUGGAUGGAUCCUCCAGGAUCCAUCCCUGGAGGGCAGAUCCUCCAGGGGCUAGGGCAGGUGUCCUUAAGGGUGUGGGGAGUUUUGGGCAUGGCACUGGGGCCAUCAUGACCCACCCCCUCUGAGGCCCCUGAUGAUGAUGUGGGGAAUGGGAUCCUAUGGGCCCAGCUCCAUGCCAAGCAGGCAUCCCCAGGUGUAAACAGGGCAGAGCGGAGCUGACAGGUAAGCAGUUGCCAUGGGGGUGACAAGCUGGGCAGUCCUCUGUUGCUGAGUGGCUUUAAAGGACCACUCGUUGUUCUGUGACUUGGGGGUUGGCUGGGCUCAUCCCACCAGCUCUCCUGCUCUCGUUGGAGUGUCUCCUGAGGCUGCAGUCAGAGGGUGGUGGUCCAGGACGCUGGUGAGGCUGGGAUGGUUCCCCUCUCUGCUCCAUGAAGUCUCCCUACAGAGCACCUCCCCCAUGGUGGCAGCAGAGACAAAACCCUGGCCUCCUUCAGGCUGAGGCCCAGAGCCAGUCUUCUGGUGGGUAAGGUGGUCACAGGGCCAGCUGGCAGCAGGGUAUUGGCACUGAGAGGCACAGGUCUCUCCAACAGAGGUGGUGCAGGGACAGGGGCAGUGCCUGGAGACCGCUUAGGUUGUCACAACUGGGAUUUGUGUACUAGUUUUCUGUAGCUGCCAUAAAAAUUGCCACAAAUUCA